AUGAAGCCAAGAGUCCUGAAAGAUGCAUGUCAUGAUGCCUGGACCCAGUUACGAAGGUCGCCCAUGUUCGGUUGCAUUUGUCCAAACAACCAUAUGAAAAGACGCUGCGAUCGAAUCUUUUCAGUUGUAAACCAUAACCCAUGCAUCGAAUUUGUGCCCUCCUCCGCGUCCAUAGACCUCUCGGGCACGGACUCGGGCCUCUACCCCUUCGACCCCCAAGAGGAGAACCUUCACGAGAUCUGGUUACCCCCAACCAGUAUGUAUCCCUAUUUUCUGUUUCCCGGAACCGCGAGCACGCGAACCGCGGGCAACGAGGUCGACUUCGAAUUCGAAGGUCACCAUCAUCGCCAUCAGCAUCGACACUAUGAGGCCCCCGAAUUGCCAGGUAGUCCCGGUCGACCGAAGGUGAUUCUCGCCGAGACGUUCGAUCCAUAUCCAGACCCCAGUCCCGAAGAUGGUCGAGCGUCUCCCGAGGGCUCAUCUGGGCAACAUCAUCGACCUAAGAAUACCGGUGAUGGCUCCUCCUCCUCUUCUUCUUUCGGCUCCUCUUCAAACACCAAUUCUGUUUCUUCAUCAUCUUCUUCUUCCUUAAACUCUUCCUCUAAACCUUCUUCCUCGAACUCUUUCUCUAAAUCUUCUUCCUCCUCCUCCUCUUCAUCUGCCUCACUUCCCAAGCAUGAUCAUGCCUCCAGCACCGAGCACCUGCAGCCACACGAAAGCGAGCAUGGCGUCCCUCGGCACAACGGUACCAAGCACCAAGAACACCGGCACCGUCAUCACCAUGAUGAUUACCCCGCACUACCACAAGCACCACUACCUUCUGCACCACCCGUACCUGCAUCACCAGCACGUCCCACACCAACCGUAGACGAGAUCAAUCCUGCACCACCAGAUGCACCCAGCACCAAGAAAUUUGCACCAAGACCGACCUACGAGCACGGGGCGGUGUUUGAUCGUCCCGACGACGACCUCGACGACCUCGAUGAGUUCAGGAUCGCAAGAAUACCCGUCGAUCGUCUCUCCGAUCUCCGCGAGGCCUUCGACGAGUUCGUCGGCCAAGUGAAGGUCAUCUCACAUCCUGACAACUCGACAACCCUAGAAGUUAUCGAGUCUCAGCUGGAAAAUCCACUGAUCGAUGCCCAGCAUCAAGAUUUUUACGACAUGAGGAAAUAUCCCAUUCCAGAAGUCCAUCAUCACCGAACGCAUCAUAAAAAGAACCACUCCAACGAUGAGCAUGAACCUGGACUGGCGAUACCAUCUUCGUUGCCCGACUCUGAAAGAAUAAUACCUCAACCAACGAAGGUGAUUCUAUCCAGCACGUGCCACCACGCGUACGCGUCUUGCAAGAACGACCCAGACUGCAAGGCGCUGCUUCAGCCAGUUCUAAACCACUGCGAUCAAGCAACCUGUGCCAGGAAUGAGUGCAUGGAUGCGCUUCAGCACUUCUACAAGUCAGCAAAUCAUAAACAUUCCGUGGAAAUUGCAUUCUGUUUGUGCAAGAAAAACGACGGAAAACGAGACGAUUGUAUGCUAGCACAAGAGAAAAUGCAUCCACAGUGUGCUCAACGUCCGGAAGGAUCAGAAAUACCAACUUGUCACAGUUUAGCUGAACUUUGUAGGGACGAGAGAAGUUGCAGGUCCAAAUUGGAAUAUUAUGAGCAGAGCUGUGCGGUAGAUAGUGUUACUAAGAAAUGUGCUGGCUCUACUUUGGAAUGUAGGCAAUCUAUGUUGGGAAUUCUUGGGACAGAAUUGAGGACUACUUGUGCUUGCAAAGGUACAGACAUAUCACAAAUGUACGAGUGCGUCGGUUGGCAGAGGCUACUUUGGGUCAACCCUUGCGUUGUUGAAUCACAAAAAGAUUAUCAUGCGCGAAGAAAACAUCACCAUCAUCCAAGAACCACUACGAGUUCCGCAAUGUCGACUACUCGGGCAGUCACUGCAACGACAGAAACUGUCAUUGUGUCGGAAGUUGAGGAUAAUAUCAUACCAGAAAUCACUACCAGACCUACCACUACAGAGAUAACAACCGAGCUGAUAGAACUUACUACUACUAGCGUCGCGACGACUCCAAGUACAACCACAUCUAGCACAACUCCUCCUCGUUUCUGCGUCGUUCAAAGACCAAGGCAGUCCCAUCAGUACAUUCGCGAAGGCAAAGGCAAGAGGUUGUAUCGAGACGAUGAGCCCGACUGCUCGGAACUCUGUCAGUGUGGGGAAGGCGAAGUUCUAGUUUGCAACACAAUUUGUGUUGAAUCUUCACCUUGCAAAACUGAUUUCGCGUACUAUAAUCACGCAGCGCCAGCUUAUCAGGCGUAUCGAGGCCGAUGUCUUUGCUACAGUGGUCGUUUUAUAUGUAUGCGGCCAUCCCCUGAUGCAUACAGCAUUCCGCAUGGAGUAUUUAUGUUCCUGGGGUACAGCGAGACUGAUGAGAACUUGCUGAGGCCUCAUAAUAAUCUCACCGUGCUGGAUGCGGUGUCUUCCCUAGACAGUUUUAUGAGAGAGGAAGUAAAUAAUCAGACUGUAUGUACCCUCUUCUUGUACAACGUAACCAAAGAAAACGUGAUUGCGGCUGUCCGACUGGGGACGGAUAAUCCACCUCAAAACAGCAGUGAUUCAGAAAAUCUGCAGCAUCUCCUGCGCAUCAAGGAGGAGUGUGCGUCGAUGCUGCAGGACCUUAGCGAUAAGAUCAACAAUAGGCAUCAAGAGGUCCACACACACCCUCUACUCUCCAUCUUCAAAAUGGCUGAGGUCGAAGUAAAAUUGCCGCUCAGUAGUCAAGCCAAGUUGACAUCGAGACCUUCGGCCUUUUUCCUGGGGUUUACUUUGCUGAUAAGUUGCUUCCUCCAAAGAUCCUUAACGUCGAUGUUAACGCCCUCGUUUUUCGAGGACCUCAUCUCGUGA